AUGCACUCUCAAAGCCUCAGAGCCAACCCACUGCCGCUCUCGGAUUUCGAAAGUGGAAGAAAGAUGAUGAGAAAAAGGAUUGUGACGAGGAAGUUGCCUCAUGCCUAUACGACCAACGGAAAUUGGGACAUUGACGAAGUAUCUCAAUUAUAUAUUGUCAACCAGCUUGCGGGGACCAGGAUCUACAGUUUGAAUGGAACUGACAGACUCAAAAGCACAAGUUCAAUUAUGCAUAUCGAUCAGUCACAGGACUGGAGCAUAAACCCAAUACUAAGGUCCGCAAACGUACUGGUCGACCCCGAAAGCGUUAAUCUCCUUGCCGAGCUAUAUAAAUCACCGCCAGUGGUUGACAUACUUGAAGAGUCGAUCAGGAGCUCUCCUGAGUGGAGCCAAUAUACGCGUACUACCAAAAAUCUAUUUUAUAUAGACCUCAAAGGUGGUUUUAAAACGAAUGCCCAUCGGAUUAUUGGCGCCUUGACUCAUUUCGAGCUGGGGGAUAACAGCAAGUAUCAAGCAUCUGCAUGUUUCGACCUAGCCCCGGGAUUUAAGCCUGCCAUAGGCACGGUUGACGCGGGUUACCUGAUUGAUGAGGUCAAGGGUAGGUACGCUUGCUUCGACUCAUCCGAUAACCGGAUUCAGAUUGGAUGGGAAUGUAUGUGGAACAUAAGACUCAAGGGUAAAUCUGGAGCCUGGGAAGCAGCAGCACCUGGUGAAAGCUUUGAUCAACCUUGCACAUUCACUACUCCAUUCAAGGCACCGCCAACAGUGGUAGCUUUUAUCUUCCGGUUCUCGUCGCAGUAUACAACUAGCAACCCAUCGCUACGGAUAUCAGCAGGAGUGGGCACUACCACCACUACUGGGUUUACGAUAAGGGUCAAUACAUUUGGUGGCAGCAUGGUUGAUGAAAUUGGUGCUAUGUGGAUCGCGUACGAGGCAAAUGAUGAGACAAUUCGCUCUGGCUAUUGGAAUGCGAUGCACCUCAAAACUGAGAAUAAUACUGUUUGCAACUUUUCGCCACCCUUUUCUAUCAAGCCCCGCUUCUUGUUCUACGGCUUCCACCAUCUUGAUGUGCCUUUCGGAGGUACUUCUGCAAAGGCCUGGUGCGAGGCUACAAGAUGGGACGAGAAAGGUGUGAGCUUCACGAUCAAAACUCCGGAGGUACAACAUCGUGCUGGGAUUUCCUACAUUGCGUUUUUAUAA